AUGGUUCUCCCACUCCUUAUGUUACCUCUUUUGGCCCCUUUCAGAGACGUGGCCUGGAGUAGUGGAGAGAGGACAGGUUUUGGAACAGGGUCCAGGAUUGGCGGUCAGUAUGGAUUUAUCAACACCUGCCUGCAAUCUCUAGUGAUUGAGAAAUUUGGUGAAGAGACCUGGGAGAAACUCAAAUCAUGUGCAGAAAUCCAAGAUGCCUUCAUGACAUAUACUGUAUAUGAUGAUGUCAUCACAAUCAAACUGAUUCAAGAAGCCUGCAAACUUCUGGGUGUCUCCAUGGAAGCUAUUCUGAAGAUGUUUGGAGAAUACUUUUUUAAGUUCUGCAAGAUGUCUGGCUAUGACAGGAUGUUACGUACCUUGGGAGGAAAUCUGACAGAGUUUAUUGAAAACUUAGAUGCCCUCCAUAGUUACCUUGCCCUCUCUUAUCAGGAAAUGAACGCCCCGUCAUUUAGAGUGGAGAAAGGGACAAAUGGGACAAUGCUUCUUCACUACUACUCUGAUAGAAGAGGUCUGUGCCACAUUGUCCCAGGCAUCAUUGAAGCAGUUGCCAAAGACUUCUUCAACAUGGAUAUGAUGAUGGAGAUUCUCAAUAAGAGUGAGGAAGAGGAGAGGACCGGAAAGAAAGAACACGUCGUGUUUCUCAUUGUGCAGAAACAUUAUGGGCAGGAGAAAAAGACAAGGAGCUUACAGUCUGCUUUUCAGAGAAUGAAGGAGAAAUAUUUGUCUCUCUCUGUGUGCCCAGUGAAGAAAUCCCACUGGGAUAUUGUGAGAAGUAUUGUCAUAUUUGGAAAAGGGAACCUACAGAAUCUUUUUGAGCCAGUGUAUCCAGAAAGACUUUGGAUUGAAGAGAAGACUUUCUGCAAUGCUUUUCCUUUCCACAUUGUCUUUGAUGCUACACUAAGGGUCAAGCAAGCUGGAGUAAACAUUCAAAAGUAUGUCCCAGGACUCCAAACCCAGGAUAUUCGGGUUGAUGACUAUUUCACCAUCAUCCAUCCCCAAGUCACCUUCAACAUUCUCAGCAUCUGCAAGUUUAUCAAUAGUCAAUUUGUCUUGAAAACUCGAAGAGAAAUGAUGCCAGAAAUAUGGAAAAAACAGCCUGCACUUAAACUCAGAGGGCAGAUGAUCUGGAUGGAGUCCCUGCAAUGCAUGAUAUAUCUUUGCUCCCCCAAACUCCGAAGCCUCCAAGAGUUAGAGGAGUGGAACAUGCACAUCUCUGACAUUGCCAGACAUGAUACCACCAGGGAUCUUAUACUCCUGAACCAGCAGAGAUUGGCCGAAAUCGAAUUGUCUAACCAGCUGGAGAGAAAGAAGGAAGAGCUCCGGAUUCUCUCCAAACAUUUAGCUAUAGAAAAGAAGAAAACGGAAACAUUGUUGUACGCAAUGCUUCCUGAGCAUAUAGCAAACCAGCUGAAAGAAGGCAAAAAGGUAGCAGCAGGAGAAUUUAAAACAUGCACCAUUCUUUUCAGUGAUGUGGUGACAUUUACCAACAUAUGUGCUGCCUGUGAACCUAUCCAAAUAGUGAACAUGUUGAACUCAAUGUACUCAAAAUUUGACCGGUUAACCAAUGUCCAUGAUGUCUACAAAGUGGAGACGAUAGGUGAUGCAUACAUGGUGGUUGGUGGGGUGCCAGUGCCUGUGGAAAACCAUGCUCAGAGAGUUGCUAAUUUUGCCCUGGGGAUGAGAAUUUCUGCAAGAGAAGUGAUGAAUCCUGUCACCGGAGAGCCCAUCCAGAUCAGGGUAGGGAUCCACACAGGACCAGUUUUGGCUGGAGUUGUGGGUGACAAGAUGCCCCGAUACUGUUUAUUUGGAGAUACAGUGAACACAGCUUCCAGGAUGGAGAGCCAUGGGCUUCCCAACAAAGUACACCUCAGCCCCACUGCAUACAGUGCUCUGGAAAAUCGUGGGUUUGAGAUCGUUGAGAGGGGUGAAAUUGAAGUGAAAGGGAAAGGGAAAAUGACCACCUAUUUCCUGAUUCAGAAUUUGCAGGUCACGGAAAAUGAGAUCAUGGGGAGAACUGAAAACCUUGAAAAUAAAGAAGAAGCAAGUGCUAUGGAAAUUCAAGACAGCCAGACUGUUGCUAUUGGGAGGUAUGAAGACAGUCAGCAUCUGCUCCCCAACACUGAUGUAGCAUAUGCCUAUGACAGAUCAGCAAGUGAGGAGAAUGGUGUCAAGGGAGAGGACUCAAAGGAGAGCAGCGAUGAACAUCAGUGUCCAGAUCAAACAAACACACGUCGCUUUGGCCAUGACAAUAUGCACUCAAGUUUCUGUAUUUUGUUGUAA